UUCCAUGGACACAGCAGCACAUGGUUACAAUCAAGCCCAUAAAUCAGGCGCCUCCGAUCGAAUAGUCCGAAUUAAGCACACAUGCACAUCAGACAGGGGCUGCUGGCUGCUGUUGCAGCAGAAGAAGCGAGGGAAACAGUCACUCAUCAGGGGGAGGGAUGGAACCAAAAAGCCUCUAUAGUGAUCAAUAUCUGACUGUCUUGUUGCAAAUCGCUGCAGUGCUUCACAGGUGUAGUGAGUAUUCUCAUACGGAUUGACUGAACUGGAGCCACAUGUCACAUGUGCUUCAUAGGAAGAACCGGGGCAUCAUCUGCUGCAAGCUGGAUCUGGAGGAGGAUGCUGCGGCAAGUGAUACACAGAGGGCUGAAAGCUUCUUUCUACUGGCUGGGUUUGUUCGUGAGUAGGCAUCCGGUGUUCUUCCUCACCGUCCCCGCAGUCCUGACCAUUAUUUUCGGAUCCACGGUGCUCAGCCGGUUUAAGCCCGAAACGGACCUGGAGAUCCUGGUCGCCCCGACGCACAGCCUCGCGAAGAUCGAGAGGAGUCUCGCCAACAGCCUCUUCCCCAUCGACCAGUCCAAGCACAAGCUGUACUCGGACCUGCACACCCCCGGCAGAUAUGGCAGACUCAUUCUACUGGCCAAAUCAGGGGGAAAUAUACUGGAACUGGCCGAGCAGGUGCUCCAGGUGCACAAGAAGGUCCUGGAUAUGCGUGUCAAUUAUAAAGGCUUCAAUUACACUUUCGCGCAUCUCUGUGUCCUCAGCCACCGGGACAAGAGAUGCCUCCUGGAUGAUAUCAUCACCAUAUUUGAAGACAUUCGCUUAGCUGUUCUGUCUAACAGCACUUUUUCCAAGGUCCCCGUGAGCUAUCCGAAUACAACGUUAAAGGAUGGUCGGGUGUCCUUUAUUGGCCAUCAGCUGGGCGGCGUGGCUGUGUCCGCAAAUAGCCGGGACCAACAGGUCAAGUUUGCUCGCGCCAUCCAAAUCACCUACUACCUCCGUAACCUUGGCCCAGUGGUGCAGGACAUCAUUGCUGAAAAGUGGGAGAGUGAAUUCUGUAAGCUGGUGCACCAGCUGGCCACAGACAGCGAGGAGCUGCAAAUUCAGUCGCUUACGUCCUUCAGCUUAUGGCGGGACUUCCACAAGACAGGAGUACUGGCCAAGAGUGAGGUACUGGUCAGCUUGGUCCUGGUGCUCCUGGCAGCCACCAUCUCCAGCUCUAUGCGGGACUGCUUGCGCGGGAAACCCUUCCUGGGCCUGUUGGGUGUCCUCACCAUAUGCAUCGCCAACGUGACGUCAGCUGGGAUUUUUUUCAUCUCUGAUGGGAAAUUUAACUCUACACUGCUUGGGAUCCCCUUUUUUGCCAUGGGACAUGGAACAAAGGGUGUGUUUGAGCUUCUGGCAGGCUGGAGAAGAACCAGAGAGAGUUUGCCCUUCAAGGAGAGGGUGGCAGAUGCGUUCGCUGACGUGAUGGUGUGCUACACCAUGACCAGCUCGCUCUAUAUUAUCACCUUCGGCAUGGGUGCCAGUCCUUUCACCAACAUUGAAUCUGUGAAGGUCUUUUGUCAGAGCAUGUGUGUAGCAAUCCUGGUGAACUACUUCUACGUGUUCUCGUUCUAUGGCUCCUGCCUGGUGUUUGCCGGACAGCUGGAGCAAAACCGCUAUCACAGCGUCUUCUGCUGCAAGAUCCCCUCUGUGGAGUAUCUGGACCGCCAGCCCACCUGGUUUAAGACCAUGAUGAGUGACGGCCACGACCUGUCUACACACCACGACAGUGUACCGUACCAGAACCACUUCAUUCAGCAUUUCCUGAGGGAGCAUUACACAGAAUGGAUUACCAACACCUAUGUCAAGCCAUUUGUGGUUAUCCUCUACCUGAUUUACGCCUCCUUUUCGUUCAUGGGAUGUUUACAAAUCAGCGAUGGCUCCAAUAUAAUUAAUCUGUUAGCUAGUAAUUCGCCCAGUGUGUCAUUCGCCCUGACUCAACAGAAAUACUUCAGCAACUACAGUCCGGUGAUUGGGUUUUACAUCUACGAACCCAUUGAGUAUUGGAACUCCACAGUGCAGGAGCACCUCAAGACAUUAGGCCAGGGCUUUAAUAAGAUUUCAUGGAUCGAUAAUUACUUUCACUAUCUGAGGGUCGUGAAUGUCAGCGCAUCAACCAAAAGUGAUUUCAUUAACAUCCUCAAGACUUCUUUUCUGAGGAGCCCAGAAUAUCAACACUUUGUGGACGACAUCAUUUUCUCUAAAAACGGAGAUGAGUAUGACAUCAUCGCAUCCAAGAUGUACUUGGUGGCCAGGACGACCGAGAAAACCAGGGAGGAAGUCGUGGAGUUGCUGGAGAGACUUCGACCUCUCUCCCUUAUAAACAGCAUCAAGUUCAUCGUUUUCAACCCAACGUUCGUGUUCAUGGACCGCUACAGUUCCUCCAUCAUCUCCCCCAUCCUGACGUCGGGUUUCAGUGUGCUCACUAUUCUCAUCCUCACCUUCUUCCUGGUCAUUAACCCACUGGGGAACUUCUGGUUGAUCUUGACCGUCACCUCAGUGGAACUGGGCGUCUUGGGUCUCAUGACGCUCUGGAAUGUAGACAUGGACAGCAUCUCUAUCCUGUGCCUUAUUUAUACUCUCAACUUUGCCAUGGAUCACUGUGCCCCCCACCUCUACACGUUCGUACUGGCCACUGAGCACACACGGACUCAGUGCAUCAAGAUCUCUUUAGAGGAGCAUGGGGCCGCCAUUUUGCAGAACGCCUCUUGUUUUGUAAUUGGGAUAAUGCCUCUUCUCUUUGUGCCUUCUAAUCUGACCUAUACACUGUUCAAGUGCUCCCUUCUCACAGCCGGCUGCACAGUGCUGCACUGUUUUGUCAUCCUACCGGUGUUUUUGACAUUCUUUCCACCCUCGAAGAAGCGGCACAAGAAAAAGAAACGGGCCAAACGGAAAGAGCGGGAAAGAGAGAGGGAGAGGGAGAGAGAGGAAAUAGAGUGCAUUGAAGUCAGGGAAAACCCAGAUCAUGUGACCAGUGUUUGAUUGAAAGACGUGUGUGAGCGUAAGUGAUAAGAAAUCAGCUCCCGUCCACUAGGGGGCGACGUCAGGCAGCACUUCACAGGUCCAGAGGUGGCCGGGUCCGGCACUCUUGCUCCUGGGGUGACCCUUGCGACCCCAGCUAUCAACAACAAUGCUGUCCAGAGUAAAAAAAAAUCCUUCUCACUCAUGUCUUGUGCACCCUUCGUCCAGAACAGUGUAUAGCAUCUGCAGCUGCUAGCUUACGUUAACAUGAAAGGUUUGAGCAAAAAGGUUGUCUGUAUACAAUAACAAAUUCAGAAGACCAAAACUGAAGGCCUCCAAAAAUGUUAGCAUGAAUCUAUAUGCAGGUUGGAUCUCUAGUGGUAUUCCCAAGGGUAUUUGUUUGUUUUGUAAGAGUAGAUAUCACAACCAGGUACAUUUGCUCUUAUUUAGCACCAACAUGAAUCUUUUUUUUUUUUUAACUGUUAUGCAUCUCACAUUCCUCCAGCCUUGUGCUUACAUAAUUAAUCAAGACCAACUCUGUUUAAAAAUAACUAUGUGAAAAAUAGUAGCAAACGGAAGUAGUGGUUUUCAGCUUCCAUCAAAUUAUGCAACACUCUCCUACAAAUAACACUUGGCAUGCAUUUAUCAGAAAUGUCCUGUAGCAAAUCUAACAGUGUGUUUGCAAUUUCUCUGGUAGCAGUUAUUUAGACUCGAUCCCCGAGACGUCCCACCUUAUACCUAGAAAAUAUCCUCCGAGCAAAGCAUUAAUGGCCAAUAGAAUGAGUUAUUGAGGACUGGAAAGGUGUUUUUCUCCUUUAAAUGUUCAGUGAAAGUACAUUUGUCAAAUUUGACAUUUAGCUGAUAUUCAGACUGUAAUUUGUUCUACUCUUCUGAGUAAACAAACGGCGUCUGAAGGUGUAGCGUGUGUAUGAAUCACUAAAAUGUUUGCAUAAUAUUAAACUGCAUAUGCCAUUUAAAAAAGAUUUUCCAAAACACCCAAGCGGCUCAUUCAUGAGAAAAUAGACUUGUAGCAUGUCUUAAAGCUGCAUUGCUAUGGUCUGUUUGAUUACUUGCUUGUGUGUUUGCUUGUUACAUUAACUACAAAUCUGGCCAUGAACCGGUUUGUGUAGUUAAACUGCGCAAUGACAAAGAGAUUAGAAGGUUUUCCUUACUGUUGCUUUCUGUACUGUUAUUUUGCACAUUAGCCA